AUGGUGCGGGGCCUUCUGCGAAGGUCGAGGCUUUGGCCUGCGGUUUUGGCUGUGGUCACGGCCACGCUGCCUUUGUUGCGAAAGGUUCCUCUGGGUUCGUUCGUCCUGGCGCCGGUUUCUGCAGCGCAGGCCGGCCAUGCCAACAGCAGACACUCGAUGCUUGAUGUGUACACCGGUAGGAUAACUGGGUCGAUGGCCUUGGGUUUCAGGUCCAAAGGUGCUGUUUGGGGACAAGUCGCGGCUGGCAAAGGCUUGGGGCGGAGUAGAGGUCAUCGCGUACCUUUCCUAUGGCGUGGCCAAAGCGGCUCCUCUGGUGCUGGACGGCCUGGGUUUCAGCAUGGAAGAGCAGCUGGUGCGCAGGAUAGCGCUGGUGAAAGCAUUGGUGAGGUGCCCGGUGACAGGUCACAGCUGGUGCAGGCUUGGGGAGUAGUAGGGGUCGUCGCGUACCUUUCCUAUGGCGUGGCCAAAGUGGUUCCCAUUGUCCUGGACGGCCUGGGUGCCAUCACGGAGCCAUGGCAGUGGGGUUUGCUUGCAGUGACCCUGCUUUUCUUCGCCUACGUUGAGGGCUACAGAGGCUUCCAGCUUGGUUUCUCUCCACGCGUGGUCAGCCGCGCUUGGGUGGUCUCCGAGGAAGCUGAAUAUGCUCCAGUUUGGCACAAGGUCUUGGCACCUGCCUUUUGUAUCGGUUACUUCCACGGCAGCAAGAAGCGGGUGAUCACAAGUUGGGCAGUCACUACAGUGAUUUUCCUGGUGGUCAUAGGUGUCAGGCAAUUGGAUAACCCUUAUCGGGCUAUCAUCGAUGCCGGUGUGAUCGUGGGCUUGAUGUGGGGUAUCCUCUCGAUCAUCGUGAUCUACUUGGCCUCCUUGCAAAGCCAGAAGCCUCCAGAGUUUGAUCCCGCACUCCCUGGCCUGUUUUGCUGCUGUUUUGGCUUGUGA